CCUUUCGUACACGUGUCAAUAUUUUCUGGAAGCCAAUAUAUCAGAGAAACGUCAAUUUCAGUUGUCUUCUCGUCUGUUGACAGACUUGACAUGACUUAACGUCUUCAUAGCUCAAGGCCAGGAGUCCUUUUUCUCUGGUUGCCGGGUUGCAACAAACUAUCGACCCCUUUCCCUCUUGUCUCCUGAGGGAGCGGGUGUGGGAUGGUAAGACUAGUUUUGACGUUUGAAUGUCGAAAGCUCUGGUCCCCAGACCUUUUCAAGCGAGAGCACCGUAUUAGCCCUGGUAACCAGUUUAUUCAAAGAUGGAGUCGCUUCGUCCGAAUCGUGACCUUUUAGACCCAAAGUUUGAGGGCUACAAACUAUCUUUGGAACCCCUAACACUAUCUUCCACAAACUUAGUGUCUGCAGUGAAUGAUGUACCGCUCAGAGAGGAAUUAUUUUCCUUUCAACACAUGCGAGCAUUUGGGAAUCUCAAUCACCUCGUGUUAGAUUCUUGGCUGGAUGGCGUGAAACACCAAGUCAUUUAUUUUGUAAAUGAAAAUUAUGAAGUACAGAGAGCCACAGUCAAAGACAAAGAGAUUUCUUCUGUGGAUAGGGUGUUCAAAAUACCCUCAGUAGAGAAAACCAAAGAUACUCUGAAUGUAACAUUGUUCUUUGCUUCGCAAUCACUGGCUUGUCUGUCAGAUGGGUGUGACAAACUUUUCCUGCUGCAAACAGAAGGCAGAACACAGGACAUUUCUGAGAAUACUGUGUGGAAGGUGGCCACAGUCUAUCAGUUAAAUCAGCCAUCUUUAAUCCUACAUGCAGUCCAGUGCCAGGAAACUGGAUCUGUCAGCUGUCUGCUGUUAAAUAUUACUGAAAAUGAUACUGCCACAUCAGUGAAAGAUGCUCAUAUUGUUCAUUUAGAAUUGAUUGCUUUUUCACAAGUUACAUCAUUUGGGGCUGUUAGUUAUAGUUGCGAGAUGUUACAACAGUUCAGAGGUUACAGUGCUCCUGUAUAUGCCGCUAUUGAACCUGGUUGUACAGCUAUUUUAGUGGCAAGCGAAAGACCUUUUUCUCUGGUCAAAGGUGAUGAUGAUGAGAAGCCACCAGUUCUUAAAUUCAGUGACACAGAUGAUGAGAUGGCUAACAAAGGGUCAAACAACUCAUCGUCACCAGUAUACAAAUGGUUCCAGGAUAGUGAAACUGUGACAGUCAGCUUUGAAAUUCCAGAGGGCACAAACAGAGAC